UAGAGCCCGUCCGUUUCCCGCCCUUCGCAACACUGGUGCCAAACACAUGCGGUGCUGCGGAAAAGUGUGAUUAUUUUAUCUCGAUUUCGUCGAUUUGAAGGCAUCGCUCGCGAAAUUUAGAGUGAACCACAGAGUGGCGGUGUAUGCGAACAGCCAGCGGACAAGCGGGACGCACUUGAGAUGACGAGCGGUACGGUAACAAUGACGGCGGGAGGAGCGGUGGAGGUGCAGCUGCCGCUCAAGGUCGCCCGCCGGAGAAUCGAGCGCGUUGGCUUCGCAUACUUUGCGCAACGGCGCCAAUUUCUAGCGCCCGGCGGCGUGGAGCGCAGCGACAGCGAUGAGAAGUUGGAGGGCGUCGGCGAGGAGGUGGACAUCAGCUACCUGAAGUCCCUGGAUCCCAAGGAGUGGAAGGACCAGGAUCACUACGCCAUUCUGGGUCUGGGCAAGCUCAGGUACGAGGCCAGCGACGAUGACAUUCGACGGGCCUAUAGACGCAUGGUCCUGCUGCAUCAUCCCGACAAGCGGAAAGCCAAGGGCGAGGAGGUCAUCCAGGACGACGACUACUUCACAUGCAUAACCAAAGCCUACGAGAUACUGGGCACAUCCAAGCCACGUCGCAGCUUUGACUCCGUGGAUCCCGAGUUCGACGACUCGCUGCCCUCACAGAACGAAAUCGAUGGCGACUACUUUGGCGUAUUCAACAAAUACUUCACACUUAACGGCCGCUGGAGCGAGAAGCCACAUGUGCCCGCAUUUGGGCAGGUGGACGCCAAGCGUGAGGAGGUGGAGCGCUUCUACAACUUCUGGUACGACUUCAAGUCGUGGCGAGAGUUCAGCUACCUGGACGAGGAGGACAAGGAGAAGGGACAGGAUCGCGACGAGCGGCGCUGGAUCGAGAAGGAGAACAGGACGGCGCGGAUCAAGCGCAAGAAGGAGGAGAUGUCGCGCAUCCGGGCGCUUGUCGAUUUGGCCUACAACAACGACAAGCGCAUUCAGCGCUUCAAGCAGGAGGAGAAGGAUCGCAAGGCAGCGGCCAAGCGGGCCAAAAUGGACGCCGUCCAGGCCCAAAAGGCCGAGGCGGAUCGUGCUGUGAGAGAAGCGGCUUUGGCCAAGGAGAAGGCCGAAAAGGCCGAGCAGAAACGCAUCGAGCAGAUCCGCAUCGAACGCGAGCAGCAGAAGAAGUUGCUCAAGAAGGAGCGCAAAACACUGCGCGACAAGGUCAAGGACUGCAAGUAUUAUGCCAAGAACGACAAGGAUCAGCUGAAGCACAUGGAGGGCACCGAAAAGAUCUGCGAGACCUUCAAUCUGGCCGAGCUGCAAGCCCUCAACAAGGCCAUGGAAACGAAGGGCCGUGAAUCGUUUGUGGCCGCCCUGCAAACAGCCGACCAAAAGAUUGCCGCCGAGCUGGAGGAGAUCAACCAGACGCAGGCCAAGAAGCUGGUCAGUGCAGCGGCCACGCCGAAAGGCGUCAAGGAGGUCAAGAAGGGCGAACUCUGGAGCAACGAGAACGUCCAGCUGCUGAUCAAGGCGGUCAAUUUGUUUCCUGCUGGCACUGCCCAACGCUGGGAUGUCAUCGCCACGUUCAUCAAUCAGCACAGUCCGGGAAACACUGUCCUUGUGAAUGCCAGGGAUGUGCUGAAUAAAGCCAAGGCGCUCCAGAACACGGAUCACUCGAAGAGCUCCCUCAAGACGCAGGCCAACGAUGCGGCCUUCGCCAGUUUCGAGAAGUCCAAGAAGGAUGUGCAGACCUGCAAUGAUAUAACGCUGGGCGAGGAGACGCCGGCCCAGGCGAGCAAGGAGAACGUGAAACAGAACGGAGUAGAUCAUAAAGUGAACAAUCAGUCGGCCAAGCAAAAUGGCAAUUCAACGACUCCGGCUCCAACAGCUGAUGCUGGUCCCGCAACAGCAGCAGCAGCAGCGGCUCCGGUCACAAAUGGAAAUUCGAGUGCUGGUGGUGGUGCCUCCAAGACCUGGACCAAGGAGGAGCAAGCCCUGCUCGAGCAGGCCAUCAAAACCUAUCCAACGACGACGCCCGAUCGCUGGGAUCGCAUCGCCGCCUGCAUACCGAAUCGCAGUAAAAAGGAUUGCCUGCGUCGCGUCAAGGAGCUGGUCGAGCUGGUUAACUCCAAGAAGGAGGCGCAGGCGGCGGUCAAAUGAGUGGGGCUCCUGCCCUGACGCCACCUGCCACUCGUCCGCCUCAUCCACUUCUAGCUGCUGUGUCCCAUAUAAAUUUUAUUUAAAUAAAACAUAAAAAGUUUUUGAACGUUUAGCGAAAAGUUA